GAAGAAUUCCAAAUAGCAGCAAACUUGCCUCCUACGGUCAUCGUCACAUCGUGUCUCAUGCCUCAAAGACCAAUCAACUAUGACGCCUUGCGUCAGUCCUACCUAGAAUCUCCCUCAAACGAGGGCAUCUACCUCGGGAACCCGUCCGGUCUGUCUAUGCAUAACCUCAAAUGGCUGCCCAUGGAUGACGGAAGUGGUCACGUCCUUGCCGACACUAGCCACGAGGCGCCUUCGCAUGCUGUUCUGCUCGCAGUAUUCCACAUAACGGCCCAGGGCUGCUGGGUUAACUCCGAUGGGAACUGGAAUGGUCCCACUCAAUAUACUAAGAGCCUUGCAGACAUGAAGCUCGCCUGCACCGGGGCAAUACCCGGGUCUGGCGUAUUCCGUGACGAUUUUGAGCACGUCAUCGAGAAUCUUGAGUCCAUCAGGAAUAUGAUCGCCUCUCCAGGAAACAAGAAGAAAGGAGUGUUGGUUCCUGUUGAGAUUGGCGAUCCGGUGGAUAAGAGCGGGCUUAAACUCAAGUUUCAGCACGUCCUUUUCAAGAGGGCAGGAGAGGGAGGGAUGCGUACUCGAGCGAGCACCAGAGGCCGGCAUUCUUGGACUAUGGAAAACUGGCCAGUGAAUAGCAUUGCAGCUGAGCAAGCGCUGCAAGAUAUGAAGACGACCCAUGUCGUCGAUCCUCUUCCUCUGUACGACUCUAAGGAUAAGCUUGUCCACCCCGAGCUGUGUUCCAGCUCUUUGAUUGGUGCAACAGUCGAAGUAAGGUUCAAUCUCUGCCAUUGGUGCAUCAAGAAAGAGGAUGUGUACGUUGCCUAUAUUGACAAUAUGAGCAUCUUGCCUGUUCCGGCGAUGGUUCUGCCCUCUCCGGUCAAGAGACCUCGCUCUGUCCAGACGGAGAACUCGAAUUCUCCUUCAAAGCGUGUUCGACAGCCAAGCUAAACUGGGUAGUACACCUACAGAGAUUUAAGAAUAAUUCAGCAGCAUGCAUGAUUAUGUAGAACAGAUAUAUGAUAUUAGAUGGGAUAGUCGGAUUUGUAGCUUUAGGGAAUCAUUUCGUUAUGAGAAAUAUGCCUGUAUGCUGGUUGUUUCUUUCCAACUAGACAUUCGUCUACGUGACGCGAGGAUCGGUAGUAUCAUCGAUCACGGCCAGUACCAUUGGCAAUCUCCAAACUUCUGAGAUAUCGGUU